UUUUCUAUGACGUCUUAGAGUUGCGACCGGACAAGCUUGAUCAGGGUUAGGUCGGUCGCAGUAUAAUAUCGGUAAAAGCCGGGAGAGAGGUGAGAGUCGCCUGUUUCCGGUUGAUAUAUUCGUGUGUGUGGUUGUAAAGAUAUUAUGCUAAAAUAGAUCUACAUUUGAAGAUAAUGUCCGGGAGUUUCUAUUUCGUCAUUGUAGGCCACCAUGAUAACCCUGUGUUUGAGAUGGAAUUUCUGCCCCAGGGCAAAACAGAAUCAAAGGAUGAUCAUCGUCAUCUAAACCAGUUUAUAGCUCAUGCUGCCCUUGACCUGGUUGAUGAAAACAUGUGGCUGUCCAACAAUAUGUACCUCAAGACAGUAGACAAAUUUAAUGAAUGGUUUGUCUCUGCUUUUGUCACUGCAGGACAUAUGAGAUUUAUAAUGCUACAUGAUGUACGCCAAGAAGAUGGCAUAAAAAAUUUCUUCAACGAAGCCUAUGAUUUAUACAUAAAGUUCGCAAUGAACCCAUUCUAUGAAAUAAACUCGCCUUUACGAUCAACUGCAUUUGACAGGAAAAUACAAUUUCUGGGAAAGAAACACUUGUUAAGUUAAUAGAAGAACAGUAAAGCUAUUCAUUGGUAAUAAAAGGAAUGGUAAUUUACUCUGAUAAUGACUUUAUGAGUAUUCUGAGUGAAUACUCUAUACGCCAUUCCUUAAAGAGGGUCCUAUGUAGAGGGAAUAUACCAGCCUAUCUCUGCUGUUUGCAUGAAUGUGACUACACUUGACUACAAAUACUGAUACAAAGUUGAUUCCUUGAUGAAACAAACAUGAAAAUAUCUAAACUUUUGCCCUACGAUUAGUUAUUAAACCGUAUUGUUUCAUUUUUUAUAGGCUACUGAGAGAGAGAGUACUUAACUAAACUGUCUGAACAUUUGCCUUUAGCUAUCCUUUUAUUGCAGUGGCUAAAUACACUAGAAACUGCUCAAAACUAGAAAUAGUGAGGCUUACUUUAAAUACAAAAGAAGAGUGUAACAAUCCAGUGUUGUUUAUCCAUUGCUUGUAACAGAAAAGAGGACUGAUGUAAGCAUUCACAUCUUGCACUUUUUAACUGUUUUCAUCUGCUUACAUUACCAGAGGUGAAAGUCUGAAUAAACCAUAUGCCUAUUUGUAAAGUUGGGUAUAAAAUUCCAGUGUGAAGAGAAGUUUGUCUUAAGAGAGCUGUGUAAAAACAUUUGUUGAGAUUCCUAUUCCUCCACUCUUUGUGAUAGAAUUUGCCUCCUAUAUUUGUCCCGUUAGCUCCAAUGGAUUAUGCCAGGUCUGAAGUAGUGUGAAAUAAUGGCAUUGUUUGAUUAAGUUAUGAAACAUCUUCUACUGCUUCUGGUUUUGUUGUUUCUAAUCAUUGCCAUAGAGUUUAUGUAGAUGAAAAACUGUACAGUAAGGCUUCUGAAAUGCCAUCCUGUAUAAACUGUGCUGGUCAAAACAACCCUGUUGCCACUUACAUUGUUAUUCAAUACAAAAUCAUUGUGUCUGAGGUACAUGGAGCGGUUACGGGAAUGGAGGUCUGCCAGAUCCAAACUAAGUCUGAAGUGCACAGAGGCCCAAACAGCCCCCUCAAAGGCCCAAUAAAUAGUGACUCCCUCUGACAUUUGUCAGAAGCCUGAGGUCUGCAUGUCACUGCUUUGUGUGCUGUUUACAGUUUUUUAGCUAUAUGAGCUCUAUUGCAAUUUUUCUGAAUGAAAACAUUUAGCAGUUCUAAAAGGCCAUAGCUGAAUUAGUUUGGCUGCCAGCACAGUUAAAAUGAGAUAUCAAAUGAUCUUAUGUUAUAGUUUGAGGUCCUUUAACGUUAUUAGGUUCAUUGUAGUAGUAAAACUGUACGGUAAGACAGGAUAUCACUGAAUCCUGUGAUAUUUCUUUACAGGGAGGAUGAGUAUUCUGAUGCAUUCCAAAAAAUGCUAACAAUAUUAAGCCUAUUUGAAAAAUACAAUACCUCUUAUUUUCUUGUGCAGACCUGGAACAUUUAUUAUUGUAUGUAUGUUUGCUGUAUUGUAAUUGCAAUGUAAAAUAUUGUACAGUAAAAAAGAAAAAUAAAUUCAGGUUAAAUACUUAAA